AUGCGCAUGUACGGAGAAGAGAAUAUGAAAUAUAUGGCCACUAAGUACCCAUGGAAGAGUUUCGAGGAGGCAAAACUGAAGAAAAAGAAGAUGGAUGUCAUUUUGAACACCGCCUUCAUCGUUGAGCCUCAGAAGACAAAAUGUUUCGAAUUCGGCAAAUGCCUCUCCGCCGCGAAGAAGAUCUUCGAGAAGGGUCCGACCUCUUCAAAAAUUUCAAAGACAAACAUUUUGGAAACGAUCCUGGAGGAGAGCAUUAUCCUGCGCUCCAAGGGUGCAAUGGUCGGGAAUAACACCUGGAAAAGAUGCGGGAUCGUCUUCGAGAAAAGUGAUUGCAACGACGUCGACAGCGACUGA